AUGAACCAAAAUGAACCGAAUUCUAAUUUAAAUGGGUCUGAUUUCUCAAAUAUAAAAAAUUUAAAGCCAGGAUUAAAAAAUGUAUCGCUUCACGGAGUGAUUGUGGAAUUUAUAAGUGAUCCACCCCAAAGUACAACUGAACUCAGGAAUUAUAGAUACCAUUACAAGUUAGCGGACUCAUCAGGAAGCAUAACACUAGCAGUUCCCCAUGGAAUCCUCAUGGAUACAAUUUCAAAGCUCACUUCCUACGUUAGUUUGACUUCAGGACACAACGCCUCCAAAGUUGAGCAAUAUCUGUUCUCUAAGAUUCCAGUUUUGGAUUUAGAUUCUGCUCCCGGUUUCACUAUCAAGGAAGUCCAGCCAACACAAUCAAACUCUACUAAGGGUGAAAUGAAAUAUAUAGAUUCUGAAUUUGACGAGGACUCAGAUUGGAAUGGAUGGAGCGAUGAUGAGGAAUCUAAAAGGGAAUCAUUAAAGUGGUUACUCCAGCCAGGGGACGUCAUUUAUAUACCUUCAGCCUUGACCACAUGGUCACACGGACAGAUGGUCCUUGUUCCAAAUGAGACCAAAAAUGAGUCACUAACCAAAAUCGGUAAAUUUCAAACCCAGCUUAAAAUGGAACCUGACAUGAGUAAACAAUUUACUGGUUCUAAAGAGUAA